AUGUGCUACUAUAGCAACUAUUAUGGGGGCCUGGGCUAUGGCUGUGGUGGCCUAGGCUGUGGCUAUGGCUGUGGCUAUGGUGGCUAUGGUUAUGGCUGCUACCGCCCACUGUGCUGUGGAAGAUACUGGUCCUAUGGCUUCUACUGA